UGCCCCAUUAAAGGGUGUAAAUCACAGGUACGUGAUCUUCCCCGCCAUUUGAGAGACGUUCAUAAAUUUCCAAGAGAAAAAGCUAAAAAGGCGACCUCCAGGUUUGGAAUGUGGGAAAGCUUUUCGUCUACUAACAUGGACGGAAAAGGAAAAGACCGCAAGUGGAAAGACUAUCAUUACCACCGCAAGUGCCCAAUUUCAGGUUGUCACUCGAUAGUAAAGCGACUUUCCCAACAUUUACGGCAAGUACACAAGGAAAUACGGAAGGGCUCAUCGGAAUACAAAGCCAUAUUAAAAGAAGCUCGGCCAAGAAAACCUUCGCGUUCAUCAGCACUGGUGUCAAGAAGAACUGAAGAAGCCGAAAUAAGCCUCAGUAGCAACAGUGAUAAUAACAGCGUAGCUGGAACUAGCGUAAAAGGUGACGGCAACAAGGAUAGCGGCACAGAAAAUUCAGAUAGUAUCAGUGAUGGUGACAACUGUGGCUAUGAAGGUACACCUGACAGUGAUUCACAAACGGAAGCUGAAAGCACUGGCAAUUUAGAAAUAAGCCAUGGUAUAUUUGGUUCUUUCAUAAGCUGGCUACAGACAACUGAUGGUGGAAGGAAACCGCACAAAAUGUCGAAACAGCAUGCCUCACAGGUAGAAAAGAUGCUUACUGUUAUUGACCCGAACAAAGAUCUGGCGUCGCUAUUUGAUCGUAAACUUAUUCGUGACACUUUCUUAAGAGAUCACGCUGAAAAAACCUACAAACCUGACACUAUUAAAUCGUACUUGUUAAGUCUACGGUAUUUCUGCAGCUUUGUCUUAACAGAGCGUCCUGAGGGCCUAAAUGUGGACGAUGCUAGUAUUAAUGUAAUUGAUGAGAAAGCCCGUUUGUGGUCGACUUCAUACAAGAAAGAUUGUCAACGUAGGCAUUUGGAGAAACAGGAUGAAGAUAUUUCUAACUUGAUAACAGCUGAGAUGGUGACUACAUUUGAGCAGAGUGAAUCAACACGAAGAGCAGUGUCCCUCAUUGGUCAGCUUAGUGGGGCUCACUGUAUUCAACUUAACCAAGAACAGUACACACUAAUUAGAGAUUUCAUCCUAACUGAAAUGACAAUCGCUAAUGCCCAUAGAUCGGGUGUGCUAGCUAACAUGACUAUAGGUGAGUUCAACAAAUCAAAGCAUGAAAGUAAUGGAAGCUACGUAAUAAGUGUAAAGAACCAUAAGACUGCAUCCAUUCAUGGUCCUGCCAGAGUCGUGCUUUCACCUAAACUGUUUGGUUACCUGAAAGUGUACGUUAAUGAAGUGAGAAGUGUAGUAAAUUCGACCAAAGAUGAAAAUGACUCUGUGAUAUUGUCGUGGAGUGGAGCAAAGGUCGUGUCAGGCCAAAUAUCAACUGCAAUCAACGCCGCUUGGAAAAAAGCAGGGUUAGAGGGUCAUAUCAGUUCAACUCUUUUCCGAAAGUCAGCGGUGACUGCCGUACAUACCAACCACAAAGACAUGACAGGACAACUCGCUGAUCUCAUGGCACACAAAGAGUCGACAGCCCAAAGGUACUACAAACUUCACGAGAAACAAAAAUCCUGUGUUGAAGCAGCAGCCGAGCUUCCCUCCAUUAUGAGAACAACAAAAAAAGUACUGGAGGGAGGCGAUUCCAUUACUACUAUGGAAGAAGAUAUUCCUGCUGGUACUAAAGAUAGCACGGAGAAACAUGUAACCUGGAACAAGCAACAAAUAGAAGCCAUAAGAGAGCUCUUCCGUGAAGAAAUCGACCAGAAGUCGGUAACAAUGGCACUUGUCAGAGAAAAGAUAACAAAUAAUGCGAUCCUUUGUAAUCAAGACCCUAAAAAGAUCUGCGACAGAGUUCGCAGUGAAUGGCGUCACAAACAUGAUGAAAGUCACUUGGAGACUGCUGGUGCAGUUGAUCCUCCAGAUGAAGAAGAAACUUUUUCAGACAAAAUGAGUCGCUAUAUGUCAAGUUCAAGUGUUUCAGAAUUUGUGCCACCAUCUAAUUCAAGGUACAUGAGCCGAAACAUUUUUUCCUUAAGGGAAAAGGAGGAUCUCCUUCGGCUAUUUAAGCCUACAAUCAAGAGUGGAAUUAUCUCAAAACCAGCCGUAAAGAACAUUCUUGAAGAAGACGAGGCUGGGAGGCAAUUCUUAAAAAAAUUUACCGUAGAUCAGAUUGUCAACCGUUUAAAAUAUGAGAGGCCGAUGAACCAAAAGCGUACUUAA